AUCCAAAAGCCUACGUUACUUUUGUUCAAAAUAAACCCAAUAUGAGAUAUGCAAUUACUAUUACACGACUCACACCACCGCUUUCCGGUUAAACCCUACAAAUUACAUUACAUUGCAUGCUCCCUUCUCCCUUUGCCUUGACUUUCAAACACCCCUCCCCUCCCCUAUUUAUUCCCACAACCACCUUUCCCAUUAGAAUAAUCUCAACAUCUCACUUCCACCCUCUUCACCUCUCCCAGGCCAAUUAAUUCCCCACGCACUGCAAAGCAAAACCCCAAACAAUUGAUCAGAGCAAGCAGGAUUCCUCUCUUUACAAAUCUCAAAAGACAAAAAGUUAAGGGAGACAAACUGGUCAGAACAGUCCUCACUUCUCUCUCUCUCUCUGUGAUGAAGAUUCUAAUUAAGCCCCCAGCAGGAGUAGGUGAUGAGACUAUAAGAAGUGAUGCUCUGGUGGGCUAAGGAGAAAAACAAACAGCAGAAAAGGAUUUCUCCUUCCCUUUUGGUUGGCUAUACCCAUAGCUUCCUAGCUACUGUAAUAUCUAGCUAGUUUUCUCUGUCUCGCUAUCCCUCCCUUUGGUCGUCAUCGUCAUCAUGGCUUCAUCAAACAGACACUGGCCAAGCAUGUUCAAGUCCAAGCCUGCUGAUUGCAGCACGCACCACCAAUGGCAGCAUGACAUCAGCCCUUCUCUCGUCUCAAACAGCUGCCACCAACCCUCCUCCUUCUCCUCAGUGGGAGGGUGUGAAGAACGCAAUCCGGAGCCAAAACCUAGAUGGAACCCAAAGCCGGAGCAAAUUCGCAUACUCGAAGCAAUCUUCAACUCCGGGGUGGUGAAUCCUCCGAGGGAUGAGAUCAGGAAGAUUAGGGCUCAGCUGCAAGAGUACGGUCAAGUGGGAGACGCCAAUGUGUUCUAUUGGUUCCAAAACCGAAAGUCAAGAAGCAAGCACAAGCUCCGCAACCUCCACAACUCAUCCAAGCAACAACAAACCCAUCAUCGCCACACCCAUCUUCCUAUCUCCACGCCCGUCUCCGCAGCCACCACUCUCAAUGUCAUCAAUGCCGCCGCCCCUUCGUCGUCCUCCUCGUCCUCUGAAAAAUCAUCCCCCAAAGCACCAAACAACAAGGCUUUCUCCAUGGGGUUCUCCACUCAUGAUGUCUCAAUCAACUCUCCAAUUGCUUCUGUGAACCAAAGCACUAACUUUUUCCAGCCUCACCAUCCUCACCACAACGAGGUCUUGCCUGAAUCGCCGUUCUUUUUUCCGGUGCAUCAGGGCAACAUUAAUCCUAAUUUGACACAAGGGUUUUGCUUUUCUGAGCUGGUUAAUGUGGAUCAUGUUCCAAAUCAUGAGCAAACUAAUAAUAAUAACAUUGGGCCUUGCACUAGUCUCCUGCUGAGUGAGAUCAUGAACCAUGGGGGAAUAUCAGGGAAAGAAUAUCACCAUCAGGAAGAUCAGAUCAAGGCCAUGAAGAAUGUGGAUAAUCAGCAGCACCUGAAUUACAAUAUCAAUGUCACCACAUCUCCAACUACUGCUGCUGCUGCUUCUACUGCUUCUACUGUUGCUGUUCCAACCCCCAUGUUUCACAACAUUCAAGGUAGUGUUGGCGAAGCGGGUGCAAUGGCUCCGGGAGGUCCGGCGAAAUCAACGGUGUUCAUAAACGACGUCGCAUUCGAGGUGGGUGCGGGUCCCUUCAACGUGCGUGAGGCUUUCGGGGAUGACGCCGUUCUCAUUCACUCCUCCGGUCAGCCCGUUCUCACCAAUGAGUGGGGUCUCACCCUCCACCCUCUCCACCAUGGCUCUUUCUAUUACCUGAUAUAGAAGAGGUGGAAGCAAGCUAGAAGAGACGGGCCUCGGUUCUGUGUGUCUUUUCUAUAUAUAUGUCUUCUUUAAUCUGCGUUAGGGUUUGCAAUAUUAUAAGAUAGGGCUUCAUUCCGUUUUGUGGAUCUAGGGUUAUUUCAGAGUUUGUGGACCUAUUUAUGUACUAUUAGUGUACCUGUUUCUGGUUAUAUAAACGAUGAUUAUAUAUAUUUACCUGUGGGGUGUGUUUUUUCUAUGAAAGUUUUAACCUGCACAUCAUGCUCAUGUGCAUGCAGGAAAACUCAAAUUCAAAUGAAUGAUAUCAUCCUCACAAUUUUCUGC